AUGGGGUUUCUCGCCUUCCUGCAAAGGCGGCAAAGCGACAAGACGUCGUCGCUUUCAAGCCCCCCUUCUACAAUAACCCUCCAGCGCAGCAAUGCUUCAUCCGCGACGGCCAAGAUUCGCAGUCGAAGCGACGCAGACCUUGUCAGCCAAUACCAGCAAGAAUACACAUAUCCUCCGCAACACACCGGCCAAAUACAACAACGCCGAAUCACGACCCCGACGACUCCCACUGGCCCUACAAGUACCGAGUUCCACCACCAACAGCCACGGCGGCGGAGCGAUGGAGGGCUUUUAUUAUUACACGCCGCCGCCACCCGGCCAAACGUACCAUCAAAUUCACACUCGGAUGCUUUCCUAUCACGCUCCGGCAGCGUCAGGAGCGCCGUUUCCCGACACGUGGACCUGCUCGACGCCCAGGGGCAGCUCGGCCCCUCCGACUUCAAGGCGCGCUUACAAGCGACCGGCUCCCGCGAGUACGGCGAGGAUGUCGCCGAGCGCAACAUUGGGCAAAACGGCCUGCUGCUGGGCAGCCCUGCCGUGCAAAAGUUUUACGCCACCUCUGGGCGAUCCUGCUCCUCUCCCGUCCCCUCAUUGCAGGGCGGCUCGCCGCGGCGCCAGCGCCGCAAGCACGCACACAAGGAGAUUAUCCUCGAGCAGCCGGAGAUUGAGGGCAGCGAUAGUGGUGCCUACAGACCAGGCUCCCGCGCCUCAAGCAUCUACACGGCCCGGUCGAUGCCCAUCACGCGCGCACGGGUGACGUCUAUUUCUGAGCCGCCAGUGUGCACCGAGACGCGCCGCGCGAGCGUCGCCUCGCAUGUCACCGUAUCGUCCAUCGGGCUCCCCAAGCUGGAAGAGGGCGGCGUCCGGGAAGCAGUGGACGCUGACGAGAGCGACGACGCAUUCCCGCCGUCCAUCCCGCGCUUCCGUCGCAGCGAGCCUCAAGUCCCCGCCAUCGAGCCGCUACCGCAGCGUCCCGCGUCAGCGCUCGGCUCCGUCCGCCGCGCGCGACAGUCCGUGGACGUCCGGAGCGCGUACAACAUGGGCUUGCCCAUCCCGCGCGCGUCUCCUAUCGACAGCAUGUUCCACGGCGACGACCGUCACCGAAACCUAAGAAGUCUCCAGCGACAGACCCUGUCCGUUGAAAACAUGAUCCGCUGGCGGCGGACGCUCGGUGACGAGCUCGAUGCUGACUCGGACGCGCGCUCCGUCGCGACCGAGCGCGCCACCGAGAGCCGCGCCUCCCAGCGGCAGUGGUCCGUCACCUCGACUGAGCCGACCGAGCGCUCCUCGGACGCAUCGAGCCUGUGUUGCCCACGGCCCGCGAGCCGCGCCACCGUCACCACCUCAGUCGACAUGCGCUCCCUGAUGGACCUCGAGGGCAGCUGCGAGGCCACGGACGUUGAUGCCUGCUCCACCACCACGGACGGGUCCAACGUGGAUGCGUUUGUCGAGAAGCGGCGUCGGCGGAAGGCGGCAGCGGCUGAGGAUAAAACGCUCGUGUUCGAUGAGGCCGAGUUCUUCAACGGCCGCGGCGCGCUGCCGGGUUUGUUUGACGGCAUCGACGACGCAACGCCGCUCGCCGAGCUGGACCCGAGCAAAGGCAAGGGCAAGGGCAAGAGGGAUCGCAGCCAGACGCUGCGAGUCAAGCAAGAUGACGACGAGCAGGUCAGCCCGCGUUCACAACCCGUCUCUGCUCCUCCUACCGCCCCGCGCACGCUGCCGCUCGAGGAUGCCGCACCGCAGCCGCUCGAGGACGACCAGUGUUGCUCCUCCGCGCCCGGCGCCCUCGUGCCCCGCAUGUACCUGACGCGGCGGCAGCGGCUGCUCGCCCUCGGCUUCGACUACGACACCGACGACGACGACGACGAAGACGCCUUUGACCAAGACUCGAACAAGCAGAGCCUGGCACCACCACCGCAGAUGGUCCGCCCGCAGCAGCGUCUCAGCAUCAUCGUCGAGACGCCAGACGACACCGCGGCGGCGGUGAGCCGGCGCAGGGAGGCCAAGAGGAUGUCGCGCGGAGGCGGCCUGCGCGUGCGGCGCGUCGAGCCGAUGCCAGAAGAGGAGGGCAACCUGGCGGAUAUGGAGUAG